AUGAGUGCUGACCUGAAGCCCAAAGCACUCUCUUCAACAACACUCAAGGAAGCCCCUAUUCCUCUCACCGCAGUCGUGCUCUUCCCGCCAGUGAUCUGCAGCCGUCCCGGUCCUGUGUGUGAGCUGGAAGAUGGAGUCUUCCGAAAUCAACCUGCAGGCAAGUACCACUCCACUGCGAGUAAUGCGCUUUCUCAAUCUACUUUCGUCUCAAUUUCCAAAUUCCGACGAGUGUCAGCAUCCACCGGAAGCAACAGAGGCAGCUCACCGAAGGACGGUCUCGCAGACGCACCAAAUCGUUCUCCAUCACAGACACCAUCUAGCUCUUCAGUUAUUAGGACUCCGGGGCGAGCUCUUAUCACAAGCUUCAUGGAAGACUCUAACCCUUUCGACUCAGUCGUGCCCAUCCCGUCAACGAUCGUUGCAGCAGAGAACGCCGCUGCAAGUGAUUCCCGCUACCUGAGCGUCUACUACCAAAACGUCAGGGGUGUGCGUACUAAGACAACCGUUUUGAAGUUACGACUCUCAUCCUUCGAUUACGAUGUUGUUGUGCUAUCAGAAACUUGGCUCAAAUCCGAUAUUUGUAAUUCGGAGCUUUCAUCGGACUACUCUAUUUUUCGUUGCGACCGUAGCGAGUUUACCAGUGGUCUUUCUAGAGGCGGUGGCGUAUUGGUUGCAGUCAAACGUGAAUUACAAUGUACUGAAGUGUCCCUAUCUGAUUGCUGUGCGCUUGAACAAGUCAAAGUCACAUUGAAACUCCCUCAUAGCUCUGUGCAUAUUUUCGGCAUCUAUCUUCGCCCGAAUUCCGAUUACGAGCUUUAUGCUACCCACUAUACGGUAGUGCAAAGCGUAAUUGAUAAAUCAUUCGUUUAUGACGUCUUCCUGCUGCUUGGGGAUUAUAAUCUCCCUCAUCUUCAAUGGAUCUUUGAUGACGACAUCAACGGCUAUCUGGCAACUAACGCAUCUAGCGAGCAAGAAAUUUCCCUCAGCGAAGCCAUCUCGACAUGUGGUUUGGUGCAAAUCAACCCCUUCGUUAACCGUAACAAUAGGCUGCUCGACUUGAUUUUCACAAAUGCUUCUGACAACAUGGACAUCUCUCAGCCCGUUCUGCCGCUCAUACCAAUCGACGAGCACCAUCCACCGGUAGUGUUACAUAUCGACACCUGCUGCCUCAUACCACGUUAUUCUGACCAGGAACCGGAUCCCAUGGAUUACGACUUUCGGCAGUGCGAUUUUACUUCACUUAAUACUUUCUGCUUUUUGCUUUCUGCGGUUGACUGGAGUCAUCAUUUCCAUGGACACUCAGUAGAUGCUAACGUACUGCUGUUUUACGACAAGCUGUACGAGAUAUUGAACUUAAUAGCUCCUCGCCGUCGUCGCAUUAAUCGAGGUGUAAAUAACAAGCCUUGGUGGAAUGCUCAACUCAGAAACCUGUGCAACAGAUUGAGGAGGCUACGCAAACAGUACAUCGCUAACAAAACUAACGGGAACAAAGUUUCCCUCCAUCAGGUAGAAACCUCUUAUAACGACCUCCUCGAUGCCAGUUACCGAAGAUAUAUGAACGACCUCCAAUCAAAUCUUAAAAAUAAUCCGUCCAGGUUUUGGAGAUUUAUCAAAUCGCAAAAGACGGCUAAUCAAGUUCCGAACAAUGUUGUUUAUGGCGACACUACAGCUACCACAUCUGAUGAAGCUGCGAACCUGUUCGCGGACUUUUUUCAGAGUGUGUUCAAUGUGAACUCUCAGCAAACUCACCCAGGUAGUUUUUUCGAAUGUUCUACCGCACGAUAUUGA